AUGUCAGAAGUAGAAGAAACAUUUAAAAGAUUAUUGGCACACAAAGGAGUUAUUGGUGCAAUUAUUGUAAGCUCAGAUGGGAUCGCAGUAAGAACUUCCAUGGAUAACAGUACCACAAAUCAUUACUGUGGUCUUAUUCAACAAUUGGUAGCAAAAUCUCGUUCUGCUGUUCGUGAUUUAGAUCCAUCUAAUGAUUUAACAUUUUUGCGUAUACGAAGUACUCGAAAUGAAAUUAUGGUAGCACCAGAUCGUGAUUACAGUCUCAUCGUUAUACAAGAAACAAGCAUAGAAUAA